AUGUCGUCCGCACGAGCACAACCAUAUCGACGCCCGGGUCAUCUGUCGUCCGCGCCCAUAGCGUCUCAAUCCACCUCUGCAAGUGAAGACGAGUCGUACUACCAAGGCAGCCACCAUCACGAAACUGAAGGUAUCAGCUCCUCCGAAGUCUCGGAAACAGAUUCUUCCAUAGCAGACUCCGAGGAUCUUGAACCAGACGACUCGGCCUCAAACGACGGUGCUCCCCGAUACUCUCGUCCGGCGCUACCGCAACAUCAUCAGCAACAUCACCAUCAACAACAUCAUCCGCAGCAACAACGCGCAGUCCAAUAUCGUCAACACCACAUCCCCCAACCUACUGCUCCUCCCCCCGGCACAUCCAUCCAAUACCCGUAUCGGCCCGGUCCAGUGCCGACCCCAACUGAAAGCCUGGAUUCCAACGACUACGACGCGUCCCCCUUUGGCCCCCGUUCCGGCUACGGUCACGUACCGGCGCCUGGCCAUGGGGGGCAUCCUUCCUACUAUGGUGGUCGUGGUGGUCACCCGCAGCCUGGCUACCCUCAAAGUCACGUAGGCGGCUACGGCGCCCCGAGCCCAUACGGCCAUCCCGAACCCCGGAUGUUGGGAUAUGGUGGUUACAAUCACAAUGCCUUUUCACCAAUGUCAAGUCACAGUGGGCAAAGCUACUUCGGAGGAGAGCCCGGACGAUACGAUAUGAUGCCGUACCAGCAACAGCACCCACCGGCCCAUUACAACCCACACGGCUAUCAACAGAUGCAACACCACAUGCAGUACAUGGGCGGACAAUUCCCACCCCCUCCCCCUACAGAAGCACCGCAACCGUCCAAGACCCCCGCACCCGAGCCGCCACCAAAAGAGGACCCGGAGAAGAAGAAGCUCCAACAAGAACUCGAGCUAUUCAAAAAGAUGCAGGCUGAGAAGGAAGAGCAGCAGAAGCAGAAAGAGCUGGAGGAGAAGCUUCGGAAAGAAGCAGAAGAGAACAUCAAGCGACGAAUGGAGGCCCUGAAGGAGGCCCAGGAGCUCGCGCAAAAGGAGAUUGAAAAGGCAAAGAUUGAGGCCGAAAAGGCAGCCAGAGAGGCUAUUGAGGCUGAACGCAAAGCCGAGGAGCAGAGACAAAAGCUUCACCAGGAAGCCAUGGCCAAGGUUGAGCGUGAAGCCAGGGAGAGGCUGGAACGCGAGUUGAAGGCCGAGGCUGAGCGUAAGAGGCUUGAGGAAGAGGCCCGCAUCAAGGCCGAAGCCGAAGCGAGGCAACGUCUCAAGGAGGCUAUCCAGGCUGAGGCCGAUGCCAGAGCCAAGGCCGCCGAAGAGGCCGAAGCCAAGAGAAAAUGGGAGGACGAAAUGCGCAAGAAGGCCGAAGACGAAGCCCGUGCCAAGAUGGAGGCCGAGAAGAAGGCAGCUGCCGAGGCUGCAGCGGCGCAAGCAAAGCUCGAAGCCGAUCUCAAGGCCAAGGCUGAAGCCGACUGGAUAGCCAAGGUCGCGGCGGAGAAGAAGGCGGCGGAGGAGGCUGCGGCGGAGAAGAAGAGGUACGAGGAGGAGAUGAGAUUGAAGGCCGAAGCCGCAAUCGCUGCCGAGAAGAAGGCCGCCGAGGAGGCUGAGGCAGCCAAGAAGAAGUACGAGGAGGAAAUGAAGGCCAAGGCCGAGUUUGAAGCUCGCACCAAAUUGGAGGCUGAAAAGAAGGCCGCUGAAGAGGCUGCUGCCGCCGCCGCCGCUGCUAAGAAGGCCGACGAGGAGCUCAAGAAGAAGUACACCGAAGAGGCCAAAGCCAAGUACGAGGCCGACAAGAACAAGGGCAAAGACAAAGCCCCUAUCAAGUUCAAGGAUGCCGUGGGCAGGAAGUUCAGCUUCCCCUUCCACUUGUGCUCAACCUGGACAGGUAUGGAAGAGCUCAUUAAACAAGCCUUCAUUCACGUGGACGUCAUCGGACCGCAUGUACAAGAGGGUCACUACGAUUUGAUUGGGCCUAAUGGCGAAAUAAUCUUGCCCCAAGUCUGGGACAAGGUGGUCGAGCCAGACUGGACCAUUGAGAUGCGAAUGUGGCCCAUGGAUAAGGCGCCUCCGCGCAUGCCUAUGCCGCCGCAUGGCAUGCCGCUCGACCCUGCCACCAGAGAGAGGAUGGCGCAUAUGGCAGGCAUGAGGCAACAUGGUCAUGCUCGAAUGGGUAGCUUCCCUCCGGGUAUGGCUCCUCCAGGUGGCAGGCCUGGCGGCGGCGGCCCACAGCCACCUCCCCCACCGGGCUGGGUCGGUCCCGGCGCACGUCCCGGCGGUCACGGCAUGCCUGCCAACGUCGUUACGGUUGAGCCCGGCAAGUCCUCUAAGCACAAAUCCAAAGCUAAGGGCUCGAUGCUCAAUUUCUUGGCCGGCGGUGCUGCAAAAGCUCCCAAGAAGAAGUAA